AACUCCUGAUCUGGGGUAUAACUUUGUGACAAACCAAGGAAGACCAUUUAACUACUUCAGCUAUGGUUGUGCUUGCUCAGAGGUGGAGAUAGACUGUCUGACUGGAGACCACGUGAAUCUUCAUACCUCCAUUGUUAUGGAUGUUGGAAAGAGCCUUAAUCCAGCCAUUGACAUCGGACAGAUAGAGGGGGCAUUCAUGCAGGGUGUGGGCCUCUUCACCCUGGAGGAGCUGCGCUAUUCUCCCCAGGGGGUCCUGUUAACUCGGGGCCCCGGCAUGUACAAGAUCCCUGCUUUUGGUGACAUUCCAACUGAAUUCAAAGUGUCCCUGCUCAGGGAUGCUUCAAAUGACAAGGCCAUCUUCUCCUCUAAGGCUGUAGGUGAACCACCACUAUUUCUGGCAGCCUCUGUGUUUUAUGCCAUUAAAGAUGCCAUUGGAGCAGCCAGGGCGGAGUCUGGCCUCAGUGGUCCUUUCAGGCUGGACAGCCCCACAUCCCCAGAGAGGAUACGAAAUGCUUGCGAGGACAGCUUCACCAAACUGUGUCCCCCUGCAGAUCCUGGAACUUUCACACCCUGGGCUGUCCAGGUUUAAGGGAGAGCAGAAGAGGAUUUCCUGACCUCCAUCUCAUCCUCAAAAAAUCUGCACUAGUCAGCUACUGUCAGGAGUACCUCGCCCCCCAGUCCACUCUGAGCUGCUCAAAAUUGUCAUUGUAUUUCUACCUGAAUUUUUGUUGGCGUAAGUGAUUCUGGAUUUCUUGCAGUAACAUGAGAGGCCAGCUCCCCCUCACAUAGUAAAAUAAAAUGGAAAGGCUCGCAUUUUUGUGCUGUAUUUAUGAUUUUCCACAUGCUAGCUUUAAAAGUAAAGAACCUGAAGCACAUUGUAAUUAUUCUUUUUGCCAGUAUGUGAGCUGCAGAGGCCUCUAGUGGCCAAGGUACAGCUAUAAAUAGGAGGUCAUGCAAACACUUCAGAAAACACAAGGUACGUGUAUAGCUGAAACUGGGCUACUACACUGCAAUACUGGAGAGUUCUAGAGAGUUUUUAACAGAAUAUGCCACAUCUGGGAAACAGCAUCAAGUUCAUUCAUUAGUGAGAGAAUUGCAUACUUUUUGGCUGGACCGCAGCAGCGGGGUAAACACAAAGUCUGUGACUGAGUGAUGAAGUCACACCGUUGGUCGGCCAAGUUAUGAAAUUACACUAUUGGUCAGCCGGAUGAAGUGUGUUAGGUCCAGCCAUAUACUAGGUUUUGACCUGGUCUUGUUUUUUGUUAAUUUAACUUGCAUGUACUUCAAAUUAUCCUUUUAACUAUUUGGAUUUUAGUAUUUGUCUAACUCAUUUGGAAAUUAUAUCUAUGUAUUUGAAUUGCCUGGUCCAUGGGUGUUGAUGAUUGAAUAAUGUAUUGAAGUGUAUGGAAUAGCAUUUUUAAAUGGAAAUCAUUCCCCUUCGCUUGCUUGCUGUAUUUGCUUUGAGUGAUUCUUCUGGGCACGCAAAUUUGUUAUAUGUAACUUGUUAGGCUCAUAUACUAUGAUAAUAAAACUGAAAUUGAUUUCUUCAAUACAGAAUGUCUUUUUUUUAGUUAAUGAAUAUUACAAUGUAUUUAUUCAAAAUUUUGUUGUAGAAAGCCAUCCAUUAGAGUACUGGUACCACCUGUAUCCUUUGAAUGUCAUCUGACCACAUUUCUAUUUUCUUCAUAACAUCACUAUUAAAUAUACUGCAGAGUGUUGUAUUACCAUGUCUCACAGGUCAAAAUAAUAGACAUGUUCUGUGAUUUUAUGUGUGUUGUAAUCAGCAAUGCUUAUUUGUCUAUAAUUGUGGAACAUUUGGAACAACAAACUUUCAAUAAAUAUAAGUUUGACUUGA